UUAAAUGUUUAGUGUGGGGAGCAAGGAAUAAGAAUAACGUUGAAAAGAGUGGGGGCGACGACCCUGUCAAAAUUUAAAAGUAAAAACUCCACUCUAUUUCGUUCCUCCAUGGGAAGUCGAUUUGUGCUGCUGCAAUCGUCGGGAACAUUUACCCACUGUUCUUGCAUUAUUAAAUCUCCUCCACUUUCAUUCGUUUGUGGGUCAUACAUUUCUGGGAGGCCAGUGUUUGGGCUCUCUUCUUCAUUGAGACAGGAAAUUCCAUGCAAAGGAGUAGCUGGUUUAGCAUCAUUCCUGCCUCCCAAAAACAGUAUAUUUGUGGAUUCUGAUUCAUUCGUUUCUUUUUUUUCUAACUUCAGCUUGCAUUUCCAAGACUUGCAUUGGAAGCCUGUCUUGAGGAGGACUGGUUGGAAGGGAAUAUCAAGAAGAGUUAUUUUAUCAAAGGCUUUAACAACAUCAGGUUCUAUGUCGGAGGAAAUGGCCUCUACAGAUUCUGACCAAGGAGGAAACACCAAUGCUGUUGUUAUUGGAACUGGAAGUGUCAGGCAACAGGUAUCAAGAUUGGUAAAGGAGUCUCUAAGGGCAACAGUACCCAGUGAGUCGAGUUUGGAGCCAAUAGUUGCAAUUUGUGGUGCAAAGUUUGGUGACUACCAGUGCAAUAAUGCAAUGGGAAUAUGGUCCAAGAUUAAAGGACAAACAACUGAAUUCAAGAAUCCAAACUCUGUUGGGCAGGCGAUAAUGAAAAACUUGCCCAAAUCUAAUAUGAUAGAGAAGAGCUCUGUUGCUGGUCCUGGUUUUGUAAAUAUUGUUUUGUCAGAUUUAUGGAUUGCAGAGAGAAUUCGACAAAUGUUACAAGAUGGCAUCAGUACCUGGGCUCCUGUUCUUCCAAUAACCAGAGCAGUUGUAGACUUCUCCUCUCCUAAUAUUGCUAAAGAAAUGCAUGUUGGACACUUAAGGUCAACAAUAAUUGGUGAUUGCCUUGCUCGAAUGCUAGAGUUUUGUAAGGUUGAAGUUUUACGUCGAAACCAUGUGGGUGACUGGGGUACUCAGUUUGGUAUGUUGAUUGAGUACCUUUUUGAAGAGUUACCCAAUUGGGAGGAACUUGGUGAACAAGCAAUUGGUGAUUUGCAGACAUUUUACAAGGCUUCCAAGCAAAAGUUUGAUGAAGAUGCCAACUUCAAAGAGAGAGCACAACAAGCUGUUGUUCGACUUCAGGGUGGUGAAGAUAAAUAUCGUAAAGCGUGGAAUGAAAUCUGUGAUGUAAGUCGCAAGGAGUUUGAUCAAGUCUAUAAAAGACUUAAAGUUGAAAUAGAAGAAAAGGGGGAAAGCUUUUAUAAUCCAUAUAUACCAAAGGUUCUGAAUGAGCUGGAUGAGAAGAGGCUUAUUGAGGAAAGUGAGGGUGCAAAAGUUAUAUUUAUUGAAGGUCAAAAAAUUCCUUUAAUAGUUGUGAAAAGAGAUGGCGGCUUCAAUUAUGCAUCAACUGAUAUGGCAGCACUCAAGUAUCGACUCAGUGAAGAGAAAGCUCAGUGGAUUGUUUAUGUGACAGAUGUGGGUCAAUCAUUGCAUUUUGAGAUGGUCUUUAGCGCUGCAAAGCGGGCUGGAUGGCUUCCUAUCAACAAUGAUGUUUCAUUUCCAAAAGCAAGGCAUGUUGGAUUUGGCCUGGUUCUUGGUACAGAUGGGAAACGUUUCCGGACACGCAGUACUGAAGUUGUUCGCCUUGUUGAUUUGCUUGAUGAGGCCAAGCACCGAAGCAAGGAGGAACUCAUCAAGCGUGGCAAGGAAGAUGAAUGGACACCAGAAGAACUAGAGAAUGCUGCUGAAGCAAUUGGAUAUGGAGCAGUAAAGUAUGCGGAUUUGAAGAAUAACAGGCUAACAAACUACACGUUUAAUUUUGAUCAAAUGUUGGAUGUUCGGGGAAAUACAGCAGUUUAUCUUUUGUAUGCGCAUGCUCGCAUAUGUUCUAUCAUUAGGAAGUCUGGAAAAGACAUAGAGGAACUCAAGAAGACAGGAAGCAUUCAGUUGAUUCAUGAGAAUGAACGGCUGCUAGGAAUGCAUCUCAUUCAAUUUUCCGAGAUUGUGGAGGAUGCUUGCACUGAACUUUUGCCAAAUACAUUAUGCGAGUACCUUUAUAACUUAUCUGAAAAUUUUACAAAGUUCUAUUCAACUUGCAAGGUUGUGGGAUCUGAGGAAGAGACAAGUAGGUUAUUGCUAUGCGAGGCUACAGCAAUUGUCAUCAGAGAAUGUUUUAAGUUACUGGGGAUUACUCCUCUUUACAAAUUGUAGUUUGAGAGAAUUUUUAGUUUAAGGUCUUAUGAAUCAUUGUCCAAUGGAAAAUAAUCUAAAAUUUAAGGUGGAUAUCACCUUAUAGUGUGCUUUUUGAUGUAUAUACGUUCUGAUUGAAGGUUAUAUUAAAAUAAUAAUGUUUCAGAGAA